ACCUGAUUUAUGUUAUUAUGAUUUUUGUUGACACUUAAAUAAGUUUACCUAAAUAUUUCAUUAGAAAUUGAAUACAAAAUAUUAUAUACUUACAUAAAACCUCGUAUGACAGCCAGAAUUAUAAUACCUAAUACCUAUUAUGAAUAAUAAACUACCUUAAUAUUUCAUUCUGUCUGUAACCCUAUUAUUAUCUAAAUAUCUCAAAUAAUAUUAGUCUUUACUAGGUUCUUUAAAAUAAACCAUUUCUCUUUGAAUGUUCUUUACAUCAAGUAGCCGUCAAAACAAAUACAAUGACAUUAAUUGAGAAAAAAAAAUACAGUCGAAAAUUUUAUACAACACUUAUGGUUAUGGCUUUUUUUUUGGACACUAGUCAAUAUCAUUGUAUUUCAAAAUUUACAAUGCAAUUUUAUAUUUUUGAUUGGAUGGUAUUGGUAUGUUUGGCUGCAGGAUACAUGUUUUUGUUUGAAAAUCCAGGUAUGUCUUUAGGAAUGGAGUUAAUUCAAUACAUGAUAGUUGGAAUACUUUUUACUUUAAUUUUUUUGGUAUUCUUGAUAAAAAAAGAAGCCAUUGCGUCAAACUACAAUUUUAUACAGACCAUAUUUAUCCACUGGUCUAACAAAAGAUCAUUGCAUCCAAAUGUAGCUUAUAAAAAAAACAUAAAAACAGUUAAAAGUUUAAUCAUACCUUUAGCAAUAUUAUCAUUAUCUAUUGCAUUUGGGCCUUUAGUAUCAACCAUAAACGAUAUUGGCAAGCUGCCAUUGGAUUACCGAACCCAUUUCGUCUUGUUUUGGCCAACGAUUGUCGAUACUAAUAAAAUCAGUAUGUAUGGAAUCAUUUAUGCAAUGCAAGUCAUAUUUACUAUUAUUUUAUACAUUUCGACUUUAUCAUUCAAUUUGGGUUUUAUGGUGUUUUUGAAUGAAGUAACUAACCAGUUUGAAAUGUUAUUGGAUGAAAUUAAAGAUGCAUUUAAAUAUAAGAGAGAUAAACAGUUCCAACCUCUUUUUAUUGAUUGUAUACGUCACCAUCAAAUAAUUAUUAAAUUUUUAGAUGAUUUAAAGUCAUAUUUCAAAUGGAUCAUACUUAUUGAAAUAAUUGCAGUUCAAGUAGUGUUGGCCAUCCUUAUUUAUAAUUUAACAAAAAUAAAUGCUUCCCUUGGUUAUAAGAUGAAAGUUGCUGGUUCGUUAUUAUUUAAUUUACUUCCAAUUUGUUUUCACUGUCACAUUGGAGAAGUCAUACUAAGCCUGAGAUUUCAUAGAUAUGGGGUACCUUAAGGAAAUUCACUAGUAAUUAAAUAUUUUGCGUGUAAUUUUCAAACUUUUCUGUUUUUUCUAAUACCAUUUAUACUAUGUAUACUGUAUAGUAGAAAUCUACUCCAAGUUCACUAUUUGUUCAUCAUUUUUAUUUUAUUUAAAAUUUUAAGUUUCUGGAAUAAAGUUAAAUCGUAGUAUGUUUUUGUUUUCAUUGUCGCAACAUUUUAAUUUAACACGUGGUAUAACCAUACAACGAAUACAAGAAUAACCUAAUUUUAAUUUAAUCAUGUAUUACAUAGGCACGGAUCCAAGGAAGGACCAAGGGGUCAUGCCCGCCUCCCGUAACUAUAUUCUUGAUCGAGAUUAGGUAAAUUGAAUCCGAAAUACCGUUUUUGUGGUAAACUGAGUCCAAGAUUUGAAAAGGUAUAAGGUAAAGUAAGUCCCUGGUUAUAAUAGGUUUAGUUUCCAAAACAGAACAUUUUCUUUCUCACUUUUACAGGCUUAGUACUUUUAAUACAACUGGCGUGGUUAAAAAUGUGCUUUUUUUGUUUUUAAUAUUUAAUAUAAUUCACUAGAUUGUACAUAAAAAUCACAAUUAAUUAAAUAUAUAAUAUACAAAUUAUUCAAGUCAAUUUUUUUUUAUUUAUUACUAUUUAUUGUUAUUAUGUACACGGUAAAAAUUUAUUUGAUAUACUCUUAACAAAUUCAAAUCUUGAAAUAUUUUUAUUUUCAUAUUUCAACAUUUCUUGUCUCAAAAAUAAUUUUCUAUUGUUAUUUUUUUCAUUUUAAUUACCUCUUUGCUACGUAUUUUUAUAAAUGUAUCUAUUUGAAUGUAAUAUUUAAGUAAGCAAAUCGAUAAUCAUUAUAAUUGGUGACUAGUCACUAUAUACAGUACUCAUUGAAUGUUGAGACCUUUUAUUUUUAAGUAGGUACAUCGUCGUUAUUUAUAAAUUAUUCUUUCGAAAAAUAUUAUUACUGGGGACUCAGUUUACCUAGCACGUUAAAGUUUUCCGGACUCAAUUUACCUAGCCCCAAUAUCCACCAAAUUAUUUGGGACUCAGUUUACCACUCCCGUCUUGAUCCGCGCUUGGUAUUACAAUAUACAUCCGGUAUAAUAACUUACGAAAAAUUUGAAAUACCGUGAAACGAGAAUCAAAUUCUUUAAUAUAAAAUGAUCAUCCUUGUGGGCCAUUAUUAUAGCUUAGAGAAGUCCUAUUAGCGUGAGCUUUCAACCAAUUUCGUAAUCGUUUACAAUAUUUUGUUCACAAUAUAUUUACAGAUUACAGAUUUUUUUUUUUUUUUUUUUAUUUUAAUUUAUACAUUUCAAACUUCAAACAUUAUAUUAUAAUAAUCAGCUCUACAACUUUUCAGUUUGUUGAACGUAUUUUUUGAUUUAGUUAAAAUUUGAUUGUUUUAUAACUAUGUUUAAAAUCUAUAUUAUAAUAUAUUCUAUAUAGAAUAAUAGUAUAGUUAACUAUAAACUC